AUCACUUUCGUCAUAAUGAAUCAUCGCCUCGCAACUUGGCUCCUCCAUAUUAAUUAAUACCACCAGCUAGUCUUGUCUCUUGAAUUCACUCCAUCCAUACCUAUAUCAUACCAAUAUAACUAUUAUUUAAUUAGCUAUUUUAUUCUAUUAAGCAUGUGCGACGCACCCUUCAUCCCCAUCUUCCCCAUUUGCUUCCAAUGCGGCACAGACCAGAACCCAUGCCGGUGUAAAGUCGUUGGUCCGACGAUUGGCUUUGUCGCGACGAUUCUUGCGGCGAUUGUAUGUUAUCCGGCAUCGAUAUUUUGUGGAUGCUGUUGUACGAAGGCCGGGAAAGAUGUGUUGGCAUAUCCGGUUAAACUGAAUGGGCAAGUGUCGGAUUGUAUACCGAUAUAGGACGCAGUUAUGUGAAUAGACAGACAAGUAUUAUUAUACGCAAUUACACUUCCAACCUAGCAGUAUAUAAACAAGAGAC